AUGGCUAGCCACGGCUCUGCGCGCAGUGCGCGCCAGCUCUCGUACGAGGGCAAGCCGCUCAAGGACAUCCCCAAGUCCUGGAACUUUACCUCGGGACUCACCCCCGACCCCCUGUUUCCUACCCCGGCCGCUUCGCACAAGACACCGCGGGAUCAGAUCGGGCCACGCAUGGUUCGCGAUGCUCUCUAUACGUGGGUACGCCCGGAGAAGCAGGAAAGCCCCGAGCUGCUCGCCGUGAGCCCCGCCGCGAUGCGCGACCUCGGCAUUAAAGAUGAUGAAAAGGCAACCGAGGAAUUUCGACAGUUUGUCAGCGGAAACAAGCUUUACGGCUGGGACGAAGACAAGCUGGAAGGUGGCUAUCCAUGGGCACAGUGCUACGGCGGCUAUCAGUUUGGCCAAUGGGCCGGGCAGCUCGGCGAUGGCAGAGCCAUCUCUCUUUUUGAGACGACCAAUCCGGCCACUGAUAUCCGCUACGAGCUACAGCUCAAAGGUGCUGGCCUGACACCAUACUCGCGAUUUGCUGACGGAAAGGCGGUUCUCAGAUCUAGCAUCCGCGAAUUCGUCGUUUCCGAGGCGCUGAACGCCUUGUCGAUUCCUACAACCCGCGCACUAGCUCUCACACUGCUACCGGGGUCCAGAGUUCUUCGCGAAAGAAUUGAGCCCGGCGCAAUUGUCUUGCGUUUUGCUCAAUCCUGGCUUCGCCUGGGAACGUUUGACCUGUUGCGAUCCCGAGGCGACCGUAAGCUAGUUCGGGAGCUGUCCACCUAUGUCGCAAAGGACGUCUUUGGAGGCUGGGACCAGUUGCCCGGAAGAUUGGCGAACCCAGACAAACCAGCAGACGGACCAGAACCUUCUCGUGGCGUCUCGGAGAAGACGACAGAGGGUCCUGACGAGGUCGCCGAGAACAGGUACACCCGGCUGUACAGAGAGAUAGUCAGGCGAAAUGCUCUCGUGGUUGCGCAAUGGCAAGCCUACGGUUUCAUGAACGGAGUUUUGAACACAGACAACACCUCUGUCUUUGGCCUCUCUAUUGACUUUGGCCCGUUCGCUUUCAUGGAUAAUUUUGACCCGUCAUACACACCGAAUCAUGACGAUGGAAUGCUACGAUAUUCGUACAAGAACCAACCUACCAUUAUCUGGUGGAACUUGGUCCGACUCGGCGAAGCUCUCGGAGAACUGAUGGGCAUGGGAUCCGCAGUUGACAACGAAUCAUAUAUCGCGGAGGGUGUCAAGAAGGGGCAGGAAGACGAGGUCAUUGCGCGAGCCGAGAAACUCAUCACACAGGCCGGAGAAGAAUACAAACACACCUUCUUGUCAGAGUACAAGAGGCUGAUGACGGCGCGCCUCGGCCUGCGCCAGCAAAAAGACUCUGAUUUCGAGGUGCUCUUCUCCGAAGCUUUGGACACUCUCGAAGCCUUUGAGCUCGACUUUAGCCACUUCUUCCGUCGACUCAGCAGUGUCAAGCUCGCCCAAGUGGCGACAGAGGAGGCCAGGCGUCAAACAGCCAAGGUCUUCUUCCACAGUGAGGGUCUUCCAAAGACAACUGCCGAAGGCGAUGCUUUAGGCCGGAUUUCCAACUGGCUAUCCAAAUGGCAUGACAGAGUCGUCCAGGACUGGUCACCUGAUGGGACCAGUGUCACUGACGGUGCCGAGUCAGAAAGGAUACAGGCUAUGAAGCAGGUCAACCCCAACUUUGUUCCCCGUGGCUGGAUCCUCGACGAAAUUAUUCGCCGUGUCGAGAAGGAAGGAGACAGAAAGGUCCUGGAUAGGGUCAUGCACAUGGCUCUACACCCGUUCAAUGAUUCCUGGUCUGGCUUGGAAUUUGACGGUGCUACAUAUCAGGGCGACCGUGAAGAAGAGCAGCGCUGGGUUGGCGACGUGCCGCGUCUGGAGCGGGCGAUGCAGUGCAGCUGCAGCUCUUAA